UUCGUGCCAGUAAAAUGAUCGUAUUUACAAUUGCCAUAAUCCUAAUAGGAGGUGUUCUCAUAUUCUACCUAAUAAUCACAAAGAACUACAGCUAUUGGAGUGAUCGCAAUACACCAUUCAUCAAACCAAAAUUUCCAUUCGGAAACAUUAAAGAUGUUGUAUUUCGACGUGCUUCAAUUCGACAAUUCUUCCAGAAUAUCUACAAUUCUUCAAAGGAAAGCAUCGUUGGAACGUGGGUGAUCGAUAGACCAGUUGUAGUGAUACGAUCAUUGGAUAUCAUUAAACAGAUUUUAAUAAAGGAUUUUACAACUUUUAACGAUCGCAACACUAUUUUCAAAGAGGAAAGAGAUCCUAUACUUGCUAAUAUGUUGUUCUUCUGUAGUAAUCCCCUCUGGAGAUAUAUACGACAGAAUAUGUCACCCAUGUUUACAACAUUAAAACUGAAAGAGAUGAUUUUCUUAAUGAACAAGAACGGAGACGACAUGUUACAAUAUAUGCAGGAAACUAAUUGCGAUGUCUAUGAUCUCAAGGCAAUAUUCAUGAAGUAUACGGUGGAUGCUAUAACCUCUCUCGGUUUCGGUAUUAAUGCUAUGUGCUUUGAAAAAAAUGACUCUAAAUUUAUGACAGUUGCCAAAGAUUUAUUUUCACCGACUACAGGAAAUUAUACACGAAUUCUUAGUCUCUUCAUGAUGCCAAAAAUUUCCAAAUGGUUAAAAAUACAUUUCUUCAAUAUAAAACAACUCGAGUUCCUAAACAAAGCAGUUUGGGAUAUUAUAAAUGUGAGACAUAAAUUUUCUUCUAAGGGAAAGGAUUUAAUUAGCACGUAUAUAGAUUUGAUGAAACUUGAAUCUUCAAAUGGAUAUAAAUUUGAAGGAGAUAGGGUUUCAUCCCAAGCCAUGCAAUUCUUUGUCGCAGGAUUUGAAACGAUAAGUUCAACUAUUGCUUUCACUUUAUACGAGAUCAGUUUUAACCAAAAGAUACAAGACAAAUUGCGUGAAGAGAUCAGUUCAAAAUAUUCGCUUGGAACUGAAGUAACGUAUCAAUUAAUGAAGGAUUUUACUUAUUUAGAUCAAGUUAUUUCAGAAACUCUGCGAAAAUACCCGAUUUUACCAUUUUUGGACAGAUGUUGCAAUUCCGAUUUUAUACCAAAUAGCAAUUACGUAAUUGAAAAGGGGAUUUCCGUUUAUAUUUCUAUUUUGGGUUUGCACUACGAUCCGGAAUAUUUUCCCGAUCCCCACGUAUAUGAUCCAGAACGAUUCUCACCGGAAAACAUCGAAUCCAGCAAUUUUGAUGCGUAUAUUCCCUUUGGAAUUGGGCCUAGGAAUUGCGUCGGUAAAAGACUUGGACUGAAUGGAACUAAAUUGUGCUUAAUAUUGAGUGAAUACAAGGUGGAAACGUGUCCGGAGACAACGAAAAAUAUCAAGUUUGAUCCCAUGAGUUUCACAAUUGCAUCAAAAAAUAAUUUAAAAGUAAAGUUUACAAAAUUGUAAAAACAUUGUUAAA